AUGACGGAUUGGAAUAAUUUUUUAAAAAGAAAUAGAGAAUAUAUCAAAGCUAAGAAUAAAAUAAAGACCCAAGUUGAAAAUAACAGAUUACAACAACUCGGAUUAACGGAAAAUCUACAGACUCCAUUUCAACCCAUAUUAAAAAGUCAAGAAGAUAUUAAAAAGAGACUCGCUAUAGAACCCACGCCUCCUAUAGAACCCAAACCGAUUGAAUAUAAUGGUAUUAUAAUUAGGGAAUUAGUUGAUAUAAAACGUCUUUUUUCAAACCCUGACCCAGAUUUACCAAAGAGCAUUUCACCAAUCGUUGAUAAUCAAGGUUUAUUGUUUAAUGGAUUUAGAAUUAUAUUUAGUGGAAAUUCACCACAAUUCAAAAUCGACACAAAAGACUUUAUAUUUAAAUUAACGAGAGGGUUAAUAGAUUUAAUGAAUGGCGAGGAUUUUGAAAUUGCCGAUUACAAGGAUUUAGUUGCAUACUCAAAAUUUCUACAUGCGAUCAAAAAGUCAGGACCCGAAACAAGAAGAUUGAAAGAAGUUGAUUUUUAUACAACAAAAGUUAUUGAGGAAUCAGAUGAUUAUGCAGAAGAUUAUCCACCAAUCAUACAAGAAAUAGACGAAUUCGAUGAUAUGGUGGCAUCUGGUCAAGGUAUAACGUUUUUAUCCGACGACAAUAAAGAAUUGCUUAAUAGAUUAGAAAUAAUAUUAGCGGCCAUGAAAGAAGGUCAUUGA